UGGGAAGAAGAUCUGACAUGGUUAGCUGUUGACCGGGUUAAGCCUAAUGCGUGAGCCAGUCCAAAAUGUGGCAUGGAAUAAUGGUUGCUAUGCCAUCGUUCUCCAUCCUUGUGGACAUACAAUGACAGAAUCUCUCUCUGCCUCGACCAGAAGCAGUUUGUUCAGGAUUAUUGGAGAAAUGAGAUGGUGAUGUGGCCCAUGACUCUUUUCCGUGUUCAAAAUAGUACUUCUGAAGUAAAAACAAUGCAUCUGGGGCUUUGGAUGCUCAUGUAUUUCUGAAGAAGUCUUCUCCCAAAAUUGUCUCCUGUCACGGAUUGAUCCAGGGCUGAAACUCUUCACGUUUACUCCACUCCAUCUUGCUUCGCCAUCUCCAAUGUGCCUCCAUUUUGUGGUGAAUUAUCAGCCAGUGGUGCUGAAAGACAGUUGCAUAGCUUCUUCUUGACAACUAAACUGGAAGGCAGAUUGUGCCUCACCCCUUCUUCUCCUGGGCCUGGGAUUUAUAAAUUUCUUCUCUUAGUUCUUUCUUUUCCUACCUCAAAAGCUGAUUUGAAAAAGUUUAAACAUUUUCCAAAAACGGUUAUCAAAAAUGACAAGUCUGUUCCGACGGAGCAGCAGCAAUGGCGGCUCGAGGAACAGCUCUUCCGCUCAGGAACUUAACAAUAGCCGCCCCGCAAGGCAAGUACGGAGGCUGGAGUUUAACCAGGCAAUGGAGGAUUUUAAGACCAUGUUCCCCAACAUGGAUUAUGACAUCAUUGAAUGUGUGUUGAGGGCCAACAAUGGUGCAGUAGAUGCCACCAUCGAUCAACUGUUACAGAUGAAUUUGGACUGCAGUGAGUGUGACGAGAGUUCGGAUUCGGACGACAGUAUUCCUCCAGAGAUUCUGGAACGGACGCUGGAACCUGACAGUUCAGAUGAGGAGCCCCCACCAGUUUACUCUCCUCCUUCCUAUGAUAUGCAUGUCUAUGACCGAAAGUACUUGCAGACUCCUCCCGUACCACCACCCCGGACGGAUAUCCAGAAUUCCAGUGGUUCACAAGCACAAAGGCGAUACAGGGACUGGAACCCGCCAUUAUUAGGGAAUCUUCCGGAUGACUUCCUCCGCAUCUUACCGCAGCAAAUGGAUACGGUACAGAGUACCCAAAGCUGUCAUCAAACCACACAGAGUCCUGGAAACCAGAGGGCCCAGAGCUCAUUGGAUCAGGAGAAGAAAUGGAAGCAGUAUUUGGAAGAUGAGCGGAUCGCCCUGUUCCUCCAGAACGAAGAGUUCAUGAAGGAGCUGCAGAGGAACCGAGAUUUCCUCCUGGCCCUUGAAAGAGAUCGAUUAAAGUACGAAUCAAAGAAAUCCAGAAUGAACAGCACUGCCCUCAGUUCAGAUCCCACGUUGUCCUCAGUAUUAUCAGAUGAGGUCACUCGCUCCUUAACCGGUGUGCCCAGCGGGGCUAUUUCCGAAGAUGCCUUAUUCAGGGACAAGUUAAAACACAUGGGGAAAUCUACACGCAAGAAGUUGUUUGAACUUGCCAGAGCUUUCUCAGAAAAGACCAAAAUGAGGAAGUCAAAAAGAAAACAGCUUUUGAAGCAUCAAGUGAUGGGGACUGCAGCCUCAACAGCUAACCUUCUUGAUGACGUUGAAGGACAUUCAUGUGAUGAGGACUGCCAAAUAAGAAGAAAGCUACCUGUGGCAGAAGAAUCAUCAAAAGAAGUACAAUAAGAUCCAGAAUUGGCAAUUAGGGAGGGAAAAAAGCCAAAUAAGACGAGACAGCGAGAUGGUUAAAAAGGAAUUUAUGCUGGUGACCCUGGAAUGGUCUGAGGCUUCUCCAAGUACAACUGCAGUGGAACAUGAAGGCACGUUGUGAUUUUUUUACCUGGCGAUUUAGAAUUUGGGUCUUUCUCACCCAUCCUUUUUCCACUCUAAGGAAUCCAGUCCCACCCCCCAGCCAAAGGGGGUGGGGAGAGAGAAAACUGACAACUGGCCUAAUCUUUUCUACACCAAACUUUGAAGUUGGAUAAUGAUGAUUUCUUAUAAAAUGCAGUUCAGAUACAUGAAUGAAAAGCAACACAAUUGUUCCAAAGUGGUUUCUGGGUGGCGUUUUUGAACCGUGACUUUUGAAUGAAUGGAUACUUGCGUCCUUCAUCCAGGUAGAGGAUGGCCCUCAACAUUUUGCUGUAUUGUGGAGGAUGAUUUUUAUUAUAAUUAUAUAAUUAUUGCUGCUAAUAGAAAAGAAACCUGAAUCAUGCUAUUUGGGUGAUAGUCAGAAUAAUAUAAAUUUCUCUCUAUGAAAACAUGUUCCUGCAGAUCCCUUCCACAAUCAGAAGCAGUUCCUGAUGGAUUUUCCCCUUAAUCAGGGGUGUCUGUGGGAGAGGGGGGUCAAAAAAGUCAAGGUGGCACCCACAAACAUGAGAUCAAAGCUCCAACUUCGUUACAUGUAAAAAAAGUGGGGUUGUGAUCUCAUGGUUGUGGAUGUCAUCUUGACAUUUUUGACCCCUCUGAGGAUACUCCCGCUCUCGUUGAUUCUGUUUUAAGGCAGUUUUUAAACAACUCUCAGCUCAACUUGAAUUCCCUCCCUCCCUCCCUCCCUCCCUCCCUGGUUCUGUGUAGCCCCUCUUCUAACUUUGUGUUCCUUGUAUUGCUGGAAAACAAAACCAGAUCGAAAAAUAAGAAUGGUGUGAAAGCUUGCAUUACUAUAUAUUGUCCUCUUUCCGUUUCUGUGAACUUGAUGUCUCCUAUAGUUUUCAAGUCAUAUGCCCUUAGCCUUGUCCCACCCUUGCUGAGAUGUUUUGGAAAUUUGGGGCUAGAGAAGGAAGGACAUGCAGGCAGUCCUCAUUUAGCAACCACAAUUGGGACUGGCAAUUUGGUCAUUAAGCAAAGCGGUGGCUAAG